ACCAAGUGGAGUGCACACUGAUGUGCAAGAGAUGCUAUCUUCUAACAGUGUGACAACAGAAGCAGCUCAGGUUUCUAACAGUUCUUCAAUGCUGAUUAUUAACAAGCUGCAGAAGAUUUUCCCAAAUAUACUUUUGGACACUCAGACAAAAUAUAAGAAAGUGGAUAAUGAAAAAAAAGAAGAGGGUAAAAAGAAAAGGAUGUUGUUUCCUGAUUUGGAGCAAGAUAAAAAUACUGGUAAUAACAAAGACAGAUUAACAAGAACUAAUAUUACUAUAAGAUUCCAUUCCAAUGAUAAUUCAAGCCAAACUCAGAUUGAUAUUUACAAUUUAAAAAAUUCAAGAGCGAAUCCUGAGGUGCAUAUUGUCGCCAGCAAUAUUAUUGACCAACAAAAUAAAAUAAAUUCAGUAGUAGUACAAGAUGAUGUUUUGCAAGUGACAGUAAACAGUUCACUGGAUAAGAAAAUACAGAAUAAUACAAAAGUAAGAGAAAAAAGUCUUGCAAAAAUUGAGGCUGGAAAUAUGGAAAGAAACUCCACAGGUAGCAACAGGAAAAAACUUCUUAUAGCAGAUUUGACCACCAAUAGUAUGAAAAAAACAAGUAGUCAUUCAGCAUUUUCUGAAGAAACUUAUCCAACAGAGAGCAAACCAACAGAUCUGCCUGAGUCUGCUACUUAUCUAUUUCGUCAGUUGAACCGUAUUUUACAGACGCUGGAAGAUCACAUGGGUGUUCAAACAUAUAAUUUCCAAGGUGUAAAAGGAAACCAAUCUCAAGUGUCAGUGAGAAUGCUGAAGAAUGUAUUACAGGACUUACAGAAAGAAUAUAAAACACAGGUGCCUUUAACAGUUAGUGAGAGUAUGAACUCUUCAGUCAUGGAAAACAUUCUUCAAAAUUUAAAAAAACAUAAAGAGAAGUCAGAAUCCAGUGAAAAGGAAAACAAGACACAGGCACCUUUUGAGGGACAAAGUCGCAGUCUACAAGUCUCAGAUGAAAAUAUAGACGAAUUUAAAGUGACACUUGUGCCAGAGCCUACAAGUGUCACAACAAAGGCAAACAUGAAGGAUGCCAAACGAUUUGAAUUUUUUAAAGAGCAUGAAGGUAUUCACGACAAGAAGAAAGCAAAAGCUGCAGAUCUUAAAGGCCUUCUGAAGCACAUCAUCAUAGCCUGCGUAGCGGUCACUGGUUUGAUAUUGGCUGUAAUAGUGCUGAUGCACAUAUUUACUUCGAUAUUUGAGAAGAACAAACAGGAACCAGUAAUAACUAAUACUUACAACAUUUACAAAAGAGAAAACCCAACAAAAGAUGAAGCCAAAUCAAUCACAGAAAUAGACAGCAAAGAACUGAAAAAAGACAUUGCUGUAGUGAAAAAUCAGUCUGAACGUAGUAACCUGAAUCAAUUACCACUGCAUUUAUCAACAGACAAAUCUAAAGAAAAUGGUCAAGACUUAGAACCUUCAGAAAAACAACCAGACCAUAAUAGUUCCUCCGUUAACUCUCCAUCAGAAAGGAUUGAUGAAAGAAAUAUAAUUCUGUCAACAUCAACUGAACCUUUAAAGUUUAACCACUGUUCACAAAUGCCCCCUGACAAUUGUUCGUCUUCAGAAAUGAAAACAUGCGAGAACGACAGAACUAGACCUAGAACUUUAAAAACAAAUCAAUCUGGUUGUCACAAACCAAGACGACAUUGUACAGAACCAAAAGAAUAUGGUUAUAAAAGACUACGGGAUAAAGAUAUCACUCUUCAUAGAAAACAUUUAAACCAUCAAAGAUCAUCUAGGCAUGACAGACAUAGAUCAAAGUCUACAAAAUGUAAUACAAGUCAUUCAAACUGUUCACUUCUAGAUGGAUGUUGUCAUGACUCAAGUCCUAGUGAUGAUUCUUCAUCAGAUGUAUUCAUUUCUUCAGAUACAACUGCAAAAACACAUCUAUCAGAAAUAUCCCAACAUGAUGGUUCAAAGUGUACAUGUUCUCAGCACAGAAUGGGUUCUUGUAGCUCUGAUUCAUAUUCUGAUUAGAACAUUAGUAGCACUCAAAGGAGUAAACAUUAUCAUUCUACAUGAUCAGUGAUAUCCAGCAGCACGUAGUACCAAUCAUUUUACCACGUGUGAUCAUGGUAGUCCUGUGAGUCAUGGAGGUUGUUUUCUU